GGGCAGGCGGUUUUGCUUCGGGAUAGCGUGUUGAUCUUCCGCGGCUGCACCGAAGGCCAGAAUAAUAGGAUGUUCGAUUUAUCCAAGUCAGCAACAUGCCAAGAGGUAUGCAACAUUGCCACAAACCAAAGGUCAAUGAUUGGCUUGUGAUAGAUCAUUAGCACUUGUUUUAGUGAAUCGGUUUGAUAUCGUGCGACUCCCAUGUAGCUGUGCCAAGGACUCCUCGAUACAUAUAAAGAUUCAAGUCAUACCCUCACUCUUGUCGUUUGGCAAAUACGCGAGUAUCAGGUUUCCUCUAGCUUGGCAACCCCUCCCCUCCAAUCCGACUCCGUUUUUGAUCUCCUGAACUCCAUCAUCGCCAAUAUUCCUAUCGACAACGAGAAUAAUCUACAAGAUGCCUGGAAACAUUGACGAUGCUGCCGCUGGCGCGAAGCUCGACCCAUCUCUUGCUUUAGCCCCAGACUUCAAACAUGAAGGACCCGCUGCCAACCACGAGAAAGAACUUCCUCUGGUAGUCGAGGGCAUGCCCACCGAAUCUCGCCUUCAAUAUCAAAAUGACGAGAGCGAUGAGGAAAUCCAGGGAGAAUAUCCAACCGAAGAAGAGCUGCACACUCUUCGUCGAGUUGCCGAUCAUAUCCCAUGGAAGGUCUACACACUCGCCUUUGUUGAAUUGUGCGAGAGGUUUAGUUACUAUGGCACAACGGUCGUUUUCACCAACUUCAUUCAACAACCUCUGCCCCUCGGAAGCAAGACUGGUGCAGGAUUCUCAGGUCAAUCCGGUGCAUUGAACAUGGGCCAGCAAGCCUCCACGGGUUUGACUACGUUCAACCAGUUCUGGGUCUACCUGAUGCCUCUCUUCGGUGCCUAUGUUGCGGAUACAUACCUUGGACGUUACAAGACCAUCUGCUAUGCUCUUGCAAUUGCUAUUGUCGGCCACAUCGUCUUGGUGAUGAGUGCCAUUCCGCCAGUUAUUGUCCACCCCCACAACUCUUUGUCGGCCUUCAUUAUUGGUCUCAUCAUCAUGGGUGUUGGUACUGGUUCCUUCAAAUCAAACAUCUCCCCACUCAUUGCCGAACAAUUGCACCUUACGAAGAUGGUUGUGCGCGAACUGCCUUCUGGAGAACGAGUUAUCUUCGAUCCAGCUGUAACCCAGUCCCGAGUCUACCACUACUUCUAUUUGUUUAUUAACAUCGGUGCUUUGGUUGGACAAAUCGGCAUGGUGUAUGCAGAGAAAUACGUCGGCUUCUGGCUCGCCUACCUUCUUCCCACGACCCUCCUCUGUCUCUGCCCUGCUGUUGUUUGGUACGGUAGCAAGAUUUAUAUUCGAACCCCACCUGCAGGCUCAGUUCUUGGUAAAUCAUGUGCUCUUUUCUUGUUGGCAAACAAGGGCCAGUGGUCAAUCAACCCUGUCAGAACUUUCAAGAACCUCAACGACGGCAUGUUCUGGGAGCGAGUAAAGCCCUCCAAUAUUGAGCCUUCUCGAAGACCUUCUUGGAUGACAUUUGACGAUCAAUGGGUUGAUGAAGUCGGUAGAGGUUUCGCCGCUUGCUCUGUCUUCUGCUGGAUGCCUCUAUACUGGCUUACCUACAACCAACUCAACAAUAACUUGACUUCUCAAGCUGCUGUCAUGGAUCUCCACGGCCUUCCAAACGAUGUCAUGUCGAAUCUCGAUCCCUUCGCCCUCAUCAUCUUGAUUCCUAUUUGCGACCUGUUUAUUUACCCACUUCUUCGGAAAUACAAGAUCAACUUUACGCCCAUCAAAAAGAUCGCGGCAGGUUUUUUCACCGGCUCACUCGCAAUGGUCUGCGCAGCUGUUAUUCAAGCAUACAUCUAUAAGCAGAGUGUGUGCGGUAACUACGCCUCAUUGGCAUUGCCAGUAUCUCUUGGCGGCGCUGCCGAUGGCAGUAUUCCUUGCCCUACUGUCGGUAUCAAUGUCUGGGCACAAACUCCCGCCUAUGUGCUUGUAUGUGUAUCCCCCUCUUAUAUACGCUUCACAGUGCUAACAUUUUAAUUAGAUCGCCAUCUCUGAAAUCUUCGCGUCCAUCACCACUUUGGAAUACGCUUUCUCCAAGGCACCAAAGAACAUGCGAUCUCUCGUCAUGGCAGUCAAUCUCUUCAUGUCUGCCAUCUCAGCAGCAUUGGGUGAAGCCUUUGUCUCGCUGUCCACAGAUCCAUUACUCGUGUGGAACUACGGUGUCAUGGGAGUCUUGGCCUUCAUCGGUGGAGUUUGCUUCUGGUUCCAGUACCGCAACUUGGAUCGUGAUGAUGAUCGCUUGAACAUGUUGCCCACUGGACACAUCGUGGCUCAUGGCAAGGAUCUUGAAGAUAUCCAGCCAGUUCAACCUGAACCAAUCGAGAUUAAGGAGAAGAAUUGAGUGUUGACGGAUGGAGAGUUGGGUCUUACUUGCUCGGUGAUUAUGGGGAUUGGAUGAUACCACUUUUGCUUUGUUCGCAGAUAGGA